AUGAACUCUCUGAGACGUUGGUUCUCAGGGCAAUCGAGCUGCACCACUGUCGACUUUGCCAAGUACAGCCCAUCAGACAUCAUUGAGCGAGAUGUGUGUAUCAUUGGAGGGGGUGCGGCUGGGACCUACGCCGCUAUGCAGCUACAGGAAAGACACAACAAGAGCGUCAUUGUAGUAGAAAAGGAGCCUCGACUAGGGGGGCAAACUAUGACCUACCUCGACCCUGAAUCCGUCAGCCCAGUUGAAUACGGUGUUACCUGGUUCAUGGAUCUUCCUGUGGUCCGCAAUUACUUUUCAUUGCUGGGGAUUGAUGUGAUCCCCUCCAGCUUUACCUACAGGCUUCAGGGUUGUGAUUUUCGCACCGGGGAGGAGUUUCCUGCAUUCUCACCAGAGGAUCAAAAAGCUGCUCUGGCGAUAUAUCAGGCCAAGCUGGAAGAAUAUCCCUAUCUGAAAUUGGGAUUUUACUUGCCUCACCCGGUCCCAAAAGAUCUCCUGCUUCCGUUUGAAGAUUUUGUCAAGAAGUACAACAUGACCUCGGUCCUUCACUCAAUGGGUGGGCUGAACUUUCUUGGUGACUGGCUGCGUCAACCGACCCUCUAUGUGAUGAAAUAUCUCAAUAUGGGCUUUCUGACGGGCUGGCAAGACGGUUUUCUCAAACCAGCCGACCGCAACAACAGCUCAAUCUACGCCGCGGCCCUGCACCAUCUCGGAGGAGCCAACGUGCUGUUGAACAGUCAUGUUCUCCACGUGGAUCGGGACAGUGACCCGGAUAGGGUCUUCGUCGAGGUGCAGUCGGGGUCUAAGGUGUGCCUUAUUCGCGCAAAGAGAAUCAUCGUCGCUGUGCCCCCGCUCCUGACAACAUUACACGGUUUUGACCUCAGCCAAAGAGAAAAAAGCCUUUUUCGCCAGUUCCGAUACACAUACUGCUAUACCGGCGUGGUGCGCAUCAAAAAAGACCUGCCUCCCGACGUGUGCUAUACCAACCGCGCCUCGGCGGAUAUUUUCGCUUAUCCGCGUCGUCCAUGUGUCCUGACGAUCCGACCCAGCGAUGUGCCAAGGUUGUACACCCUCCAUAUCGGUUCUGAUGUCCCCUUGAUGGAAAGCGAAGUGAGGCGGGAAAUUCUCAGUUCAUUGCGUAGUUUUCAAAUGACUACUCCCGAAAUCCUGAUAACAGGCAGCCAUAGUCCUUAUCAGCUUACCGUGUCCACCGAUGCAAUAGAACGGGGCUUCUACGACGAUCUGAAUGGGCUACAGGGUCACCGGCGGACGUAUUACAUUGGUGCAGCUUUUGAGUCCCACAACUCUCCGCAGAUCUGGGAGCUGACAGACCAGAUUCUGCAAAACGAGCUUUUGCCUUCGCUUCUGAAAGAGCCUUUGAAAUCUGGGGGCAAGAAUCACUGCUGGCGCUGGGCUUAG